CCACGGAAAAUCCACCCCGAGCGGGUAAGUAUCCACUCGGACGGGUAGAGGUCGGGUAGUGUUAUCAUCCUCCUAACUCUCAAGUCCUCUCCACUUCAGUUCAAAAUCCAGUCUCUCCCUCAACUCUCACACAGACUCAGCCCAUCUCCACUCUCCUCCUCACCGUCGCAGUCCCUGUCUCACCCUUUCUCUCCCUCGCUGUCGCAGCGGCCGUUGUUCAUCACCCGUCUCCCACAGUCACACUUCGAAGCUGUUGUCCGUCGUCCUUCGCGCAGCUCGCACCCGCUGUCAUCCUCCGCGGUUGAGCUGAAACUGAAAAGUGAAAAGGGAACAAAGAACUCUAGCACCGCCAGCCCCCCCGCAGCCCCGCAGCCACCGCAACCCCCACAGCCACCGGAGUCCCCGGAGUCACCGCAGCUCCCGCAGUCCCACUUCGUUGUCAUCGCGGAACUCUCCUCCGCUGGGAAGCUCCGUCGCCAAGGUAAUUAAUUUGUCACCGAUUCCAACAUGCAUGCUUACCGUUAUAUAAUGUUAUUGUUGGUUAAUUGAUGAUUAUAUGACGAAGCAACUAUACGAUGCCGGAGCAAGAAAAGUGUGGGUUCUGAGUACAUUGCCAUUGGGGUGCUUUGCCAGGAGGUAGAACUGCAGCAGGAGGACCUUUAAGAUUGUGUUCUGAUAUUGUCAAUGGAGAAGCUCAAUUAUUCAAUGGUCAAUUAGCAUCGACUGUUAGUUCUUUGCAAGCAGCACUUUCUGGUUCUACCUUUCAAUUCAUUGAUUUCUGUGCUGCACUGCCCAAGAUCAUACAAAAUCCUUUUAGUUCAGGGUCUAUAAAUGUUGCAAACGGAUGUUGUGGGACUGGACUGGUAGGGAUUGCAGAGACAUAUAACUUAGCCCUUUCAAUUCAUUGAUUUCUAUGCUGGAAUCAAUUGAGUUGUUUAUACUAUGAUUCUGAUUUUGAAUUGUUUAUGCUGAUUUUUAUGAUUUGUUGAUUUUGGUUGUUUAUUUGUCUGAUCUGAGUUGUUGAAGAUACUGUGGUGCAGAGCUAUGUUGGAAUUUUUCUUUUGUUGGAAUUUGUCUGAUCUGAUGUUUCUUAUUCUUAUUUGUCAUUUAUGAGCAUUUUGAUUUUUAUUAGUUAUAAAUUUUGAUGUUUGAAGAUGUUUGUGAAUUUUAGUUGAUAAAUUAGGGAUAAUUUAUUAGGUAAAAUUGUAAAUUUUUAAAUUUUAUCAACUUAAAAUCAUUAAAUUUAAAUAAUUAAAAUUAUAUAUUAAAUUUUUAAUAAUUUUAUUUAUAUUUAAUUAAACCAGUUGAACUUCGGUUGAACCUCUGAACCAUUGAACCAGUCACUCUACCGGUUCAUUGAUAGGUUCGGUUUUUGCAAGUAAACUAAGAACUGUGCUCUCCAUUUAAAUUGAGAAAGGAUUUUAUACCAGUGACUAGUUUAUUUUCUAUUUUUGCAUUAUUAGUUAUGUUUAAGAAUUAAUACUUGAUUGUUAUUAAUGUAUUUGUGAAGGCUUGCUUUUGAAUUUUUAAUUUAAGCUUAUUUUUUGUAAUUUUAUAUUUAUAUUUAAUUGUGAUUGGAUCCACCGGUUCAACUAGUAACCCACUAGUUAAACCAGUGACCCAAUGAUCCCGUCUUAUGACCAGAUUGAUUACCGGUUCAAUUCUCAUAACUAUGCUUAGCUCCGCUUGUUGUAAACAGUUAACAGUUGAGUUGAGAAUUGCUGCAAUGUCAUCUCUUGUUCAGCACUUGCAAGCUCCCACUUCCAUCCCUAAAACCCUGAUCUCAAUUUUCUCAUUCCCUUUCUCCCCUCCCUUCCUUUCCACUAUUUCCAUCUCCCGUCGGACACUCCCCUGCUCCGUCCUACGCACCACCCACGACCGCCACGAACCGUCCCACAAACUCGACCACCUCCAAUUUUCCGACACUGACAACGAAGAUGAAAACGAGGAGCUUGAUGUCAACGCGCUAGAGCAAGAAGCCAAGGACGCUAUCGAAGCUUACUCUACCUCUCUCUCACACAUUCUCACCAUUGAUGACGAGAAAAAUGAUAUUAAGCAAACAGCUAAAAGACUCAAGAGGGGUAAAAUCGGAGCAAACAAUGUCAGGAUCCCUGACAACCUUCUCCCAAGAGUUGCAAUUGUAGGGAGGCCAAAUGUUGGCAAAUCAGCCUUGUUCAACCGUCUUGUUGGGGGAAACAGGGCAAUUGUGGUGGACGAACCUGGGGUGACUAGGGAUCGCUUGUAUGGUAGGUCCUACUGGGGAGACCGUGAAUUCAUGGUGGUGGACACAGGCGGGGUUCUUACUCUUUCCAAAUCACAAGCUAAUGUUAUGGAAGAUCUGGCUAUUACUACUACAGUUGGUAUGGAUGGUAUUCCGCUUGCCACUAGAGAGGCUGCAGUUGCCAGGAUGCCAUCAAUGAUUGAGAGGCAAGCAGUUGCAGCUGUCGAAGAAUCAUCUGUUAUUGUUUUCGUCGUUGAUGGUCAGGCAGGUCCAUCGGCUGCCGAUGAGGAGAUUGCGGAUUGGCUUCGUAGAAACUACUCAGAUAAAUGUGUCAUUCUUGCAGUUAACAAGUGUGAGUCUCCACGCAAAGGAAUUUUGCAGGCAUCUGAAUUUUGGUCCCUUGGGUUUGAACCAAUUCCAAUAUCAGCUAUAUCAGGCACUGGAACUGGAGAUCUUCUUGAUCUUGUUUGUUCAGGGUUGCAAAAAGUUGAGGAGCCAAACAAUAUUGAUGAAGAAGGAGAUUAUGUCCCUGCAAUCUCAAUUGUUGGCAGACCAAAUGUUGGCAAAAGUAGCAUUUUGAAUGCACUAGUUGGUGAGGACAGAACAAUAGUAAGCCCUGUCAGUGGCACUACACGUGAUGCCAUUGAUACUGAAUUUACCGGACCAGAUGGCCAGAAAUUCCAGCUUAUUGAUACUGCCGGAAUCAGGAAAAGAGCAGCUGUAGCCUCAGCUGGAAGUACCACAGAGGCUUUGUCGGUGAAUAGAGCAUUUCGUGCUAUUCGCCGUUCUGAUGUUGUUGCCCUUGUAAUUGAGGCCAUGGCUUGUAUCACAGAACAGGACUACAAGAUAGCUGAAAGAAUAGAACAAGAAGGGAAAGGUUGUGUAAUAGUUGUUAACAAGUGGGAUACAAUACCAAAUAAGAACCAGCAGACUGCAACAUACUAUGAGCAAGAUGUCAGAGAGAAGCUUCGAAUACUUGACUGGGCUCCAAUUGUUUAUUCUACUGCAAUAGCUGGCCAUAGUGUUGACAAGAUUAUUGAUGCUGCUAGUGAGGUUGAAAAGGAGAGAUCAAGAAGACUCGGAACUUCUAUACUAAAUCAAGUAGUGCUGGAAGCAGUGGCUUUUAAGCCUCCUCCUAGGACACGAGCUGGUAAAAGAGGGCGUGUUUACUAUUGUACACAGGCUGCUAUAAGGCCCCCUACAUUUGUGUUCUUUGUCAAUGAUGCAAAACUUUUUCCUGAGACUUACCGCCGCUAUAUGGAGAGGCAACUGCGUACUGAUGCUGGUUUUUCUGGUACACCCAUUCGACUUUUGUGGCGUAGCAGAAGGAGAGUGGGAAAAGAUGAAGGCAAAGCACAAGAAUCCAAAUGAAUCUUUCAUCAAUUGAUAAAAAUUUGGCAUCAAUUACACUAUAAAGAUCAGACAUUUUAUCAUGGAAAAAGUGGUUCUGGUUCUGUUUGUGUUGGUCAAAAAGAAGGGGUCUUAGAAUCAGCAAUACCAAGAUUGCUCAAUACGUGCAAGCUGAAAUCUAUCAAGACUAUUAAAAGCUCCAAAAUGAUGGGAAAUGCGCCUGAAAUGUGGAUGAUACUAACUUAUUAUUUACAGUGAUCAGAAUGUUUUUGUAAUCCUUAAGCAUAUUCAAUCGUCAACAAAUACAUUGUAAAUUUAUGUAUAGAAGUUGUUACAUCAAAUAUAUGUUAUUCAAUUACCAAGUAUUCAAUCUUUUUAAUGCUGAACAUGCAAUUAGUGAUGGUUAAACAAAUUGUUACCAAGUAAUUGUUACCUUUAUGCCAUAUAAUAAGCUAGGCUACAUCUUACUUUGCCACUUGGGAGUGCAACACAGCCAAGUGACUUAGCCAAUCACCAUCAGCAAGUACAAUACAGGAAACAUCAAAACUUUACAAUUCUGACCGCAUUAACUGUCUAAGGAAAGUAGGUAUGGUAUGAGG